AUGGGCAUGCGCGUGCCGGCAUUGGAUAGAGCGGUUUGUGUGCCAUACAUGCCCGAGGGCCAUUCGGCCAGUCACGAGUGCCAUGGCAUCGGCUUUGACUGCGACGAUCGUCUUCUGCAGGUCUUGCUCGAGGCGUCGUGGCCUGCAUGUGAUGCGCUCCUGCCCUCUCCGCCCUCUCCGCCCUCGGCACAAGUGUCCGGCGCCGAGUGUGUCUCGCAGCCCCGGUGGCCGUCGCGUUGCCAGGCUGGGGAUUAUGUGAAUGUGGCCCAGCCGAGUGAGACUGGCCGGAGCAGAGUAGAGCUGACGCAGUCGGAGAUUGCGGCAUUUUUCGGCAGCUUCUCGCAGUUGGGCGAGCAGAAGCGCUCGAGGACGAGGACGAGGCAGACGGAGACGGAGACGGAGACGGAGACGGAGACAGCGUCGUCGGGUGUCGAUGCGGACGUCCGGCAGACGCGUCAGGAGUUGGCCAACUCGCCGGCACGGACUCGACCGUGGCUGUGGCUGUGGCCGUGGCCGUGGCCGUGGCUGAUGGACGAGGCGCGCAUGAGCAGUCCGGCGGAAGCGGAAGCGGAAGCGGAAGCGGAAGCGAAAGUGGAAGUGGAAGUGGAGGUGGACGAACUGGACGCGGCUCCGCCGAGCUCCGAGGCCUGGCCCGCCGACCAACAAACUCUGCCUCCGAGUCCCGACUCGGUCUCGCCAGAGCCGGAGGCCACGGACCGUGGCCGGCCGGUCGGUUGCCGGCUCUGGCAGGGCUGUGCCAGUCUGGCUCGGUUCACCUGCCUCCGGCGAGCCGCCUCGUUGCCAAAGACCUCCGGUCUGACUCCGCGAAUCGCCGCCUCGACGACCCUUCGAGGCGGAUCGUCGACGUUGUCGUCGUCGUCGGCGGCGACGGCGGCGACGGCGGCGACCAGCAACACCAGCAACACCACCACCACAACCAACACGACCACCACCACGACCAAUAGCGCCAUGUUCAGACUCACAACUCCGGCCAGCCUGACGACGGUUGGCAAGACGCCGAUUGCCUCAGUCUGCGGACUCGAACGUUCGAGGCGUGGAACGACGACUCAUCCGUCAGACGGGCGUGUCAUCGCCUCCAUCUGCCUCGGCGACUUGAGUCUGCAUCCGUCCAUGCCGAUCUACUCUCGGCCGGGCGCUUGCCAUCCGCCCACGGUACCGCGCGUCGCGCCUCCGCAGCCGCACUACCUCGAGCACUGGUUGCGUCGAACAACGCACACUCGCAACGGCCACUUGGCGACCGUGAAUCCGAGCUACCUGCACACCGCCUCCUUCUCCUCCCUCGACAGUCAGCCUCUCCAUCUCGUCCAC